GAAGACAGAAGCCGCAGCAUUAUAACAUAGCAAGGAAUUCAUCAUAUUUGCCCAUUAUACAGUUAUUAACUUUUCCAAGGGAGGGAUGUCGAAUGAAAAAAAGAAUAGCGGAUCUUCCCCUUUCUGAGAGUGUGCACGGUGUAGACUCUGAGGGCAGCCUGCCAUCAUGUACGCUGUACACAGGCAGGCCCACACGCCCACCGCUGUGGAGUUCUCGGUCUACUGCAACUUCAUUUCCGGCAAGGAGAAGAAUCUAGUUGUAGCGGGGACAUCGCAGCUUUUUGUCUACAGGAUUAUCCAUGAUGUCGAGAGUACGUCAAAAUCUGAAAAGUCUUCAGAUGCCAAAGCUCGCAAGGAGAAGCUGGAACAGGUGGCCUGCUUUUCGCUCUUUGGUAACAUAAUGUCCAUGGCCAGCGUGCAGCUCAUAGGAUCCAGCAGGGAUGCAUUACUACUCAGUUUUAAAGAUGCUAAGCUGUCUGUCGUGGAGUAUGACCCGGGUACACAUGACCUGAAGACCUUGUCUCUUCACUACUUUGAAGAGCCAGAGCUCAGAGAUGGUUUCGUACAGAACGUCCACAUUCCCAUUGUUCGCGUGGAUCCGGAAAAUCGCUGCGCUGUUAUGCUGAUCUAUGGCACCAAGCUGGUGGUGCUUCCUUUCCGUAAAGACACACUGGCUGACGAGCAGGAGGGUGGAGUGGGAGAUGGACCCAAAUCAAGCUUCCUACCAAGUUACAUCAUCGACGUUCGGGAGCUGGAUGAGAAGCUGCUCAACAUCAUUGACAUGAAGUUUCUCCACGGCUACUAUGAGCCCACUUUGCUCAUCCUGUUUGAGCCUAACCAAACAUGGCCCGGGCGUGUCGCCGUGCGACAGGACACAUGCAGCAUUGUCGCCAUCUCUCUGAACAUCAUGCAAAAGGUUCACCCGGUCAUCUGGUCACUCAUGAACCUUCCAUUUGACUGUACGCAGGUUAUGGCGGUUCCCAAGCCCAUUGGUGGCGUGGUGGUUUUUGCGGUGAACUCGCUGCUAUAUCUAAACCAGAGUGUUCCACCGUAUGGAGUUUCCCUUAAUUCCCAAACAAACGGAACCACGGCAUUCCCUCUACGCAUACAAGAGGAGGUAAAGAUCACCCUGGACUGUGCCCAGGCUGACUUUAUUGCCAAUGACAAGAUGGUCAUCUCUUUAAAAGGAGGAGAAAUUUAUGUGUUGACCCUCAUCACUGAUGGCAUGAGGAGCGUGCGGGACUUUCAUUUUGACAAAGCAGCAGCCAGCGUCCUGACAACUUGUAUGGUCACUAUGGAGCUUGGCUUCCUCUUCCUGGGCUCCCGCCUGGGCAACUCACUGCUGCUUAAGUACACAGAGAAGCUUCAGGAGGUGCUUCCAGACGAGGUCAAAGAAAAACAGGACAAAGAGACAGAGAAAGACAAGGAGGAGCCACCAAGCAAAAAGAAAAGAGUAGAGUCCUCCACCAACUGGACUGAUGAGGUGGAUGAGAUCGAAGUGUAUGGAAGCGAGGCGCAGUCGGGCACGCAGCUUGCAACGUACUCCUUUGAGGUGUGUGACAGCAUACUGAACAUUGGGCCGUGUGCUAACGCUUCCAUGGGUGAACCUGCAUUCUUAUCAGAAGAGUUCCAGGCCAACACGGAACCUGACCUGGAAGUUGUCGUGUGCUCUGGCUUCGGAAAAAACGGGGCGUUGUCUGUACUUCAGAGGAGCAUCAGACCCCAAGUUGUCACUACGUUCGAGUUGCCAGGUUGCCAUGACAUGUGGACCGUGAUAUCAAGUGAGGUGAAGGAAAAGAUAGGGAUUAGUGAGGGGUCAAAUGAUGGGGGUGAGAAUGAAAAGCCUGAGGAUAAGGAAGAAGAAGAAAAGGAUAAAGAGGAGGGGAAAAAGGAGGAAGAGGAGAAAAAGGAUCAACCUCUAGAGGAUGACGCCAAGAAGCAUGGGUUCCUCAUUUUGAGCCGAGAGGAUUCCACUAUGAUUCUGCAGACAGGACAAGAGAUAAUGGAGCUGGACACGAGUGGUUUUGCCACUCAAGGAACUACAGUCUUUGCGGGGAACAUCGGUGACAACAAAUACAUUAUCCAGGUCUCCCCCAUGGGCAUCAGACUGCUGGAAGGAGUGAGUCAACUCCACUUCAUCCCAGUGGACCUUGGCUCUCCCAUAGUGCAUUGCUCCGUGGCGGACCCCUACGUGGUCAUCAUGACCGCCGAGGGAGUGGUCACCAUGUUUCUGCUGAAGACAGACUCGUACAUGGGGAAGACGCAGAGACUCUCUCUAAGGAAACCUCAGAUUUCCACACAAUCACGGGUGAUAGCGCUUUGCGCGUACCGAGACGUCAGCGGAAUGUUCACCACAGAGAACAGAGUGAGCUGUGCUGUUAUGGAGGAUAUAAACAUGCAGAAUAAGUCUGAAGUGGAGACGGUCAUCCAGGAUCUCAGUAAUACAGUGGAUGAUGAGGAGGAAAUGCUGUAUGGAGACUCGGGCACAAGUACAGCACCCCUAAAGGAUGAUCUGAAUCGCACUCCAGUACAAGUGGGCCCCUCUGGAAAUGAGGCUAACCCAGUUAAAGCUGAUCCCACCCACUGGUGUAUGCUGGUCCGGGAAAAUGGUGUCAUGGAGAUUUACCAGCUCCCAGAGUGGCGAUUAGUAUUCCUGGUUAAGAACUUCCCUGUCGGUCAGAGAGUGCUAGUGGACAGCAGCUCUGGCCAAUCAGCAUCACAGGGAGAGGGGAAGAAGGAGGAAGUGACGCGUCAGGGAGACAUGCCAUUAGUCAAGGAGGUGACUUUGGUGUCGCUCGGGAAUAAUCGCAGCCGACCGUAUUUACUUGUCCACGUGGAACAGGAGCUUCUCAUCUAUGAAGCCUUCCCCUAUGAUCAGCAGCAACCGCAAAAUAACCUCAAAGUGCGCUUUAAAAAAGUUCCUCACAACAUCAACUUCCGAGAGAAGAAAUCCAAACUUAAGAGGGAUAAGAAGGCGGAAGGAGGAGUCGGCGAUGACACGACUGUCAAAAGUCGAAUUGCGAGGUUUAGAUACUUCGAGGACAUCUCUGGAUACUCCGGGGUGUUCAUCUGCGGACCCUCUCCUCACUGGAUGUUGGUCACGGCUCGGGGUGCCUUGAGACUCCACCCCAUGUCCAUUGAUGGCACUAUUGAGUCCUUCUCCCCAUUCCACAAUAUCAACUGUCCUAAAGGUUUUCUGUACUUCAACAAGCAGGGGGAGCUGAGAAUCAGUGUCCUGCCCACCUACUUAUCCUAUGACGCCCCGUGGCCAGUGAGAAAGAUCCCACUGAGGUGCACCGUCCACUAUGUCUCAUACCAUGUGGAGACUAAGGUAUAUGCGGUGUGUACCAGUGUGAAAGAGCCAUGUACACGCAUCCCUAGGAUGACAGGAGAGGAGAAGGAGUAUGAACUCAUCGAAGGAGACGAACGCUACAUUAACCCGCAGCAGGAGAGGUUUUCUAUCCAGCUCAUCUCGCCGGUCAGUUGGGAGGCCAUUCCCAACACACGGGUUGAUUUGGAGGAGUUUGAACACGUGACUUGCAUGAAGACAGUGGCGCUCCGGAGUCAGGAGACUGUGUCGGGCCUGAAAGGCUACAUUGCCGCCGGGACCUGUGUCAUGCAGGGGGAGGAGGUCACCUGCAGGGGCAGAAUUUUGAUCCUGGAUGUAAUUGAAGUUGUGCCCGAACCGGGUCAACCCCUCACAAAGAACAAGUUUAAAAUGCUCUACGAGAAGGAGCAGAAAGGACCCGUGACAGCACUAUGUCACUGUAACGGAUAUUUGGUGUCAGCCAUUGGACAAAAGAUUUUCCUGUGGGUCCUAAAAGACAAUGACCUGACAGGCAUGGCUUUUAUCGACACUCAGCUCUACAUCCAUCAGAUGUUCAGCAUCAAGAAUUUUAUCUUGGCUGCCGACCUGAUGAAGAGCAUCUCACUGCUGCGCUACCAGGAGAAGAGCAAGACUCUUUCACUUGUUAGCAGGGAUGCUAAGCCCUUGGAGGUUUACAGCAUUGAGUUCAUGGUGGAUAAUAACCAGCUUGGAUUUCUGGUGUCGGAUCGUGACAAGAACCUCUACGUCUAUAUGUAUUUACCUGAAGCUAAGGAGAGCUUGGGAGGAAUGCGUCUGCUCAGGCGAGCCGACUUCAACGUGGGCGCCCACGUGAACACGUUUUGGCGAAUGCCGUGCAGAGGAACGAUGGAUACAAGCAGCAAAAAGGCUCUGACGUGGGACAACAAGCACAUCACAUGGUUCGCAACACUGGACGGAGGCAUCGGGUUGCUUCUCCCCAUGCAGGAGAAGACGUAUCGUCGACUUCUCAUGUUGCAGAAUGCACUCAACACCGUGAUGCCUCAUCACGCUGGUCUAAACCCAAAAGCUUUCAGGAUGAUGCACUUUGAACGACGAGGCCUACAGAAUGCCGUGCGAAACAUUUUGGAUGGGGAACUUCUCAAUAAGUUCUUAUAUCUCAGCAUGAUGGAGCGCAGCGAGCUUGCUAAAAAGAUCGGUACCACUCAAGACAUCAUUUUGGAUGACCUUCAAGAAAUCGACAGAGUAACAGCUCAUUUCUAAGAGCCACAUUCCCGUGUUUUAUCCACUUGAUGUUGUUUUUUACCGGAUGGAGAAAAUCUUUUGAUCAUGGCCAAUUUUGAUUGUUUUUCUAGCUAUUCAAGAGUUGUUUUUGUUAAAAAAAAAAAAAAAAGUCAGUAAAA